GGAGCGGGAGCGGAGCGAAGCCGAAGCCGAGUCAGUCAGACGCGAACCCUCCGGCCGUACGCAGCGCAGGGCACGGCCGGCCCGCACGGGACGUGAGCCCCAGGACGAGCACGAGCGCGACCGAGCGCAGCGCCAGCGCACAGCAGCGCCCCGCGUUGCGUUGUGCCCCACACGAAGGGCCCCUUCCCCGCACGCCCUUUCACCUGCCCGGAGAGAGAGAAGGAGAACACGGACGACACAUGCGCUUUCUUUAACGGUGAGCGAGCCGCACCCCCCAUCGUCUAUGGCAUUGCAGUAUUAUAUGGAACCCCCAAUCGUCAUCGGGGAAGGCAGAUCAUACGACGUCAUCUUUCGCUGCAGGAAGGCCGUCUAGCAAGAGGACGCGCCUCGCCACAGAUGGAGCGGAUCUAAUGAGGGUGGGGCAGUCAGGGUCGCGCGACAGAGAGACAGCGGCCUGCUGCUGAAUAUGAAAAGAGCAUGGCGCUCCUGUACCGUUACGUGAAGCUGCACGACCGCGCCGACUCGCACGUCUUCACGUUCGUGGUGACGCGGAGUGUGACCCGCGACCCGGAGCGGGACGUGACCUCCAAGGAGCUGACGUGCGGCUACCAGCGAUGGGCCAUCACCUUCUCCAGGACGGACAAGGUCCUGGGCGUGUACCUGGUGUGGAAGUCGGCCUGCCAGGGCAUGCGGGUCUACGUCGACUUCACCUUCACGCUGCUCAACAGGGAGCACUUCAGCUGCAACGAGGCCUUCGCGGGCAAGCAGGUCAAGUUUACGAUGGCGGCGCCGGCGCAGGGCAACAAGAACUACAUCCCGGUUAGCGACCUGUACGCGCGCAACUUCACCGACACCAACGGCGAGUUCCAGCUGGAGCUGAGCAUCGGCCACGUGCGCACUGUGUACAACGCGGACAUCCGCGUGCCCACCAACAUCUUCGGCAACCCGACGACGCACGGCCACCACGCGCACGGGCACGGCGGCUCGCGGCACGGCCACCACACGGGCACGGUGGGCGCGGCGCCGGGCACGCCGGGCACCCCGGGCGCGCCCGCCGCCAGCAACGGCACCAACGGCACCCCGGCCAAGCAGGCCGGCAACAAGCUCGAGACGAGCUACUUCACCUUCGGCGGCUACGACUGGAACCUGUCGAUCGUGCCGCUCAGCAAGGACAGUGGCAGCGAGGGCAGGAUGGCGGUGUACAUCAACAGGCUGACGGGCUUCGACCACGCGUGCCGGGUGCGCUACGCCGUGACCCUGGGCGACGGCGACCGGCGGCUCGAGUCGGGCACGCUGCAGACCGUCUCGGACACGGAGGGCCGGGGCCUGGGCUGGCACCCGCGGGCCAGGCUGGCCGACGUGCUGCACAAGGGCGUGGUGCGGGUGCACCUGGAGAUGCUGCUGGCCAACACGAUGAGCGAGGUGGCCGUGACGUCGAUGGGGCUGGCGCGGGACGCCCCGGGCAGCAUCGGCGCGCCGGGUGGCCUGGACGCGCUCGACAACCUGGGCCGGCGGGUGCCCGUGCCCGUCACGGCGCAGUGCUACGACCGCGACAAGCAGGCGUGGGCGCUCAAGUCGGACUGCCACUCCGACACCGUGCGCCUGCACAUGGUGUACAAGGACGUGCAGCACGUGCCCAGGAACCACCUCAGGUACGUGUGCUGGACGGCGUACCUGUUGCGCUACAACAAGGGCCACGUGGAGACGUGCGUGCUGCCGGGCGCGCCCUUCAGCCACUACUACCAGCAGGAGCCCACGGACGAGGGCAUCAUCAUGGAGACGGACCUGGCCGUCAAGGCGGUAAGGACGCGAUUCGUGUUACGCUGUAAAACGUGUUUUUUAUUGUUUAUUUUUUUGGAAAAAAGGGAACUCGUAUGAGUAAAACGGAUUUUGACGGAACCUCCUUUUA